AUGACCUCUUUCUUUGGCCGUCUCAAAUCGGGCGCUGCCCCCACAAGUCCAGCAGUCGGCACCGCACCCGUAAAGAAGGACCCCAACGCGCCCGAGCCAACACCGCUGGAGAAGCUGCUCGCCAACGCUGGACCAUUGCGCACCGACGGCAGCGACAAGUUCUUUGGCUUUGAGAAUUUUGGAAGCACAUGUUACUGCAACUCCAUAGUGCAAUGCCUAUACUACUCGGCCCCCUUUCGGGAACAGGUCAUCAACUUCCCCGCCCGUUCGCCGCCAGAAUCGCUUGAGCGGCCUGCAUCGGCCGCGCUUCCUCGAUUGAACACGAACCUCAACAAUGGCCAAAACUCGGCGCUGUCACCGGCUGCGCGGACCUCGUUGUCGAGUCCGACGUCCAAGACACCGGGGAAGCCAGCCACGACCCCUGGUGGCCCGAACCAGCCUGGAGGAACCAAGCCGGAAGACAACAAGGAUUCCCCAGAGUACAAGAAGAAGCAGGCGUUGGCAGCAGGCCCUGUACUGCAAAUGGACUAUGAAAAUGCAAGUGCCUAUGGCAUGAAGGAUUCGUUAUUCUCCUCGUUGAAAGACAUAUUCGAGGCCGUCAUCGCACACAGAUCACGCAUAGGCGUCGUCAGUCCUCACAAACUCCUCGAGAUUCUGCGGCGAGACAACGAAAUGUUUCGGACACCAAUGCACCAAGAUGCACACGAGUUUUUAAAUCUCUUGCUAAACGAGGUGGUAGAGAACGUCGAGCACUACUCCAAGAACCGCAUCAUGGAUAAUAGCGAAUCAGAGGCCAACGGAACCACAACUACCUCCGGCGAGGUCGUCGCUCGAGAUACACCAGCGCCCACCAAGGUGAACUCUGGCUGGGUACAUGAACUUUUUGAAGGCACAUUGACAUCAGAGACUAGAUGUCUGACAUGCGAGAAUACGUCCCAACGAGACGAGAUCUUCUUGGAUCUGUCCGUCGAUCUCGAGCAGCACUCGUCCGUGACCAGCUGUUUACGGAAAUUCUCCGAGGAAGAGAUGUUGUGCGAGCGUAACAAGUUUCACUGCGACAAUUGUGGUGGCUUACAAGAGGCGGAGAAGCGCAUGAAGAUUAAGCGACUACCAAAGAUUUUGGCACUGCAUUUAAAGAGGUUCAAAUAUACAGAGGAUCUGCAACGGUUGCAGAAGCUAUUCCACCGCGUCGUUUAUCCAUUUUACCUGCGCUUGUUCAACACGACAGAUGACGCCGAGGAUCCAGAUCGGUUAUACGAGCUGUACGCAGUCGUGGUGCAUAUUGGCGGCGGUCCCUAUCACGGUCAUUACGUGUCAAUCAUCAAGACACAGGAUCGCGGCUGGCUACUCUUCGACGACGAAAUGGUUGAGCCCGUCGACAAAGCCUACGUUCGGAAUUUCUUCGGCGGCGAAAACGUCCUCGCGUGCGCCUACGUUCUCUUCUACCAGGAAACCACCGAAGAAGCCAUGAUGAAGGAACAAGAAGCAGAGGGUCUCGCAGCAGCAGAAAUGGCUACAAAGUUGAACCAAGAAGCAGCCGUAGUCACAACACCAAAGUCUAAUGGCUUGGCAAACGGUUACGUGCAGCACCCGCUUCACAACGCCACCACGCCCACAGUUGAAGAAGGCGACCAAUUCGCUAGUCUCGAUCACGCAGCUACCGCACCACCACUCGCCCACGUACAAGCCGACACCCAAGACCAGCCGGUCCAACACGUCUCUACCACCAUACCCGCUCUCGCCCCGAAGAAGAGCAACCUGGGGCUCUUUGGCAAAAGCGGCAAAGAAGAAAAGGAGCGCAAAGCAGCCGAAAAGGAACUCGAAAAGCAAAUGAAGCAAAAGCGCAAAGAAAUGGAGCUCCAACGCCGCGAAAACUACAGGAGACAGGAAGAAGAUUUACGUGCCGCCCUAGCAGCGAGCAAAGCCUCCGCGGUUGAGGAAGAGAAGAAACGAGGGACGACUGGUGGAUCCAACGGGGACGCUACAACGAGUUCCACAACAACGACAACGGCCCAUGCCGAAUCGGAUAAACCGGCCAAUGGCCACGCGAGCAUAGGCAAAGGUGGUCUGAGCCGCUUCCGGCACACGAGCAUCAGUCUAAAAGGCAAACCAAAGUUUUGGCAGGCAAAAGCGGACAAGAGCGAUGGCGCAGAUGAUCAUGGGCACAAGAAUAGUCACGACGAACAGCCGCCGUCUCUUCCGGAGGCUCAUAAUAAGAAUCGAUUUAGCCUGGGCAGGAAGAAGAGAUUUGGGGCGCUGCUGAGAAGGAAAGGUUAG